AUGAUCACUUCCGAAAAAUGCAGAGUAAUUGUGAUGCUUUGCAACUUCAACGAAGGAAAGCAUGAAAAAUGUUGUUUUUAUUUGCCUAAAGAGAAAAAGGAAGUCGGAAAUUAUGGUGGAUUUAUAGUAGCCGUUAAGUCAUCGAAGCCGGAUCCAUUUGAAGGAAUCAAGCAUACAGAAUUGGAAGUGAAGUAUGGCGAAGGUAAAACGUGCACUGUUCAUCAUCUGGCCUAUUUUGAAUGGCCCGACCAUACGGCACCAUUGAAUCCAGCACCGACUGUAGGAAUGUUAAGAUUAUCACGAAACCUGUCUGCACGCAAUCCGAUUACUGUGCAUUGUUCGGCAGGUAUUGGACGAAGUGCAACGUUUAUUGGUACGUUUCUGUUAUCGUCGCAGAUCGAGCCAUCCAUCGAUUACGCAUCACUGAAGAUUCGGGAGAAGUCGGACGCUUCAAUGGUGGACGUCGUCAGAGACAUGCGAAAUCAACGAUAUCAAGCCAUUCAGUCAGCCAUUCAAUACGUCUUCCUUCACAUCUGCGUACUGGAAAUAUUCGCCAGUAUAUCGAUUAGUCCUCGAAUGCGCCAGAAACUCAACUUCCCUAUCGGAACUGUGGCGCAUCUGAAAGCAUACUUCACAGUUUCCUGCCGGAGAUCCUUGAUAUUUUUGUAG